AUGCGGGUCAGCUGGGAAACAACCGUCGCACGAAAACGCGAGGCGCAAUGCGCGGCCAUCGCCCACUUCGAGGCUUCACAUAUGCAAGAAGUCGAGCACAGUUUGACUGACUUGGCUGACGUUGCUGUUGUAGCUGAGAAGCUUAAUCUCGGUGGGUUAAAGGUUGAGGAUGUCGUAAAGUCUUACAUCUCGAGGGCUAUUGCUGCUCAUCGGAAGACCAAUUGUUUGACUGAGAUCCUAUUUGAGGAUGCUAUUCGCAAAGGCCAGGCGCUUGACAAAAGCUUGACCGGACCGUGUUACCACGGCAGACCAUUUCACGGAGUGCCAAUGACAUUGAAAGACCAGUUCAAUGUCAUUGGUUACGAUAGCUCUAUAGGUUAUGUCGGUCGCACUUUCUCGCCUGCGACAGAGUCUUGUGCGCUAGUUAAGAUGCUGGAGUCACUGGGUGCGGUUAUCAUUGCCAAGACAAACUUGCCGCAAAGUAUCAUGUGGUGCGAGACCGCUAACCCGUUAUGGGGGUUGACUACUAACCCCCUGAACGAAGGAUAUACGUCAGGGGGCUCUACAGGGGGUGAGUCUGCACUGCUCGCUCUGCAUGGCAGUUUGGUUGGUUGGGGGACCGAUAUAGGUGGAAGUAUCCGGAUACCAUCACACAUGAUGGGAAUUUAUGGCUUCAAGCCAAGUAGCUCGCGGCUCCCUUAUCAUGGGGUACCCGUGUCAACUGAAGGCCAGGAACAUGUGCCAUCAUCGGUUGGGCCGAUGGCACGCAGCCUCGCAUCGAUUGAAUUCGUCAUGCGGCACCUGAUUCAAGCCCAGCCGUGGGAAUAUGACGCUCGAUGUGCACCUAUCCCCUGGCGUCAAGAAGUUUUCGACUCCAUCAGAUCUCGUCCACUUACAAUCGGCGUGCUGUUUGACGACCAAGUUGUACGUCCCCACCCGCCGGUCACUCGCGUCUUGACUUCUGCAAUUGCUGCACUCAAGGCGGCUGGACACGACAUUAUAGAGUGGGAUGCCACGUUACAUUCUGACAUAAUUGCGACCAUGGAUGCCUUUUACGCCGCCGAUGGCUGCGAAGAUAUCAAGGUCGACAUGGCUCGGGGUGGAGAGCCGACCAUACCCCAUGUGCAACAGUUGAUCAACCGUGCUAAACCUAUGAGCGUGUACGAGUACUGGCAACUGAACAAGAAGAAAUGGGCUCUGCAACAGGCAUAUCAUGAAAAAUGGAAGCACGUCAAGAGUCAAACAACGGGCAAAAUCGCUGACGUUCUCAUUAUGCCGCCAAUGCCACAUACCAGUGUCCCGCAUGGAGGUUGCAAAUGGGUUGGGUACACCAAGAUAUGGAACCUCUUGGAUUAUAGUGCACUGGUAAUCCCGGCGGGCAAAGUCAAACCCUCAGACGAAAAUGCACAAUGGGAUCAUGCCCCCCGCAGUGAAAUGGAUCUGUGGAAUUCUGACUUGUGGAAAACGCACAAAGCCGAAAUGGCCGAUUUGCAGCUCCCUGUUGGCAUUCAGAUAGUUGGCCGCAAAUUGGAAGAAGAGAAGGUACUUGCUGCCGGCAGUGUUAUAGACAAGAUACUUCGUCAGCAAAUAUAG